AUGAAUGUGAGCUUUCGACCACCUUUGAGUACGUACUCUAAUCUAUUUUUAUCGCUUUUCGCUGUUGUAUCGACGGUGACGACGAAUUUAUGUCGUGGAGCAGUAUGUGAGCGAUUUCAUUGCAGUUCAGACAUGUUUCCUCAUCGUGUAAUUGAUCCGUAUCUACGACGAGGUGCAACAUUUAAUACACCAUGUUCAUGUCUUCCGGAUUGGAAUUCUAUGUUCUGUAAUCAAACACAAACGGUAUCAUCAGCUCCUGGAUUAAUUUUACCAGAAAUGCCUACUGUUUGUAUAUGCAGGAAAUUUGAUGACAAUGGCAGCAAAUGUCAACAGUUUAUCACGAGAUGUUUCAACAAGAAAAAUCAAAAAUGUACCUGUUGUUUCAAUCAGCCAAGUGACUUUUGUGAUCAUUUAAAAUGUAAAAACGGGGAGCCAGAAUUUAGCUCAUCAAAUACUAGCUGUGUAUGCCAUCAUAAUCCUGCCGACUAUCCAUAUCACAUAUGCAAAUCACUCUAUACACGAAAUAGCCCUUCGCAAAUGGAAUCCACACAAGCACGCCAAAAAUCGGCAACCAUGGACGAACGACGACAACAAAAUUCUUUCACGUUACUUGGCCUCACAUUUCCCUCAUCACUCGCCACAUACAUCAUCGUUGGUCUCCUUGUCGGAGUGAUUUUAUUAACGGCUCUGACGACGAUCGAUAUCUACCCUCUGUAUGAGAGUAUCGUUCCGAGUAACAUUCCUUUCCCAAAGAAUCUAUCACUGCAACAAUUUAUGCGGGGGCGAUUCGAUGUAUGUGUGUUCAUCGUGAUCACCUACAAUCCAUGA